CUUUGCUCUGCUCGGAGUUGAGCUGGUUUGGGAGGAGUCAGAGACGCUUUUGGGGCUACUUUACAGAGGACGAACCGGAGCUAGGUCUUGGAGAGCUGUGUAACCCAACAUCACGGAAUAAAAUCCCGGAAACACUGACCACGGAUACCGCUCGGUGUCUUCACUUCGCGUGCUGUUGGAAGGAAACGGCGUCGAUCGUUACAAUUUAACCAAAUUACCUAGCGUACAAUGCGAUAGUGCUGCCCAGAGACACGGAUAGAGAUCCAGACAGAUAAUAACCAGAGGAAAAAAGCAAGCCCAGGGUGUCACAGGUCACAGAACAUUUAGUUGGAUUCGUGUCAAACAAAAAGCAAAGUGAGAAAAUGUCCAAACCUAAUUAUACCGGCAUUUACAACAUGGUCUCCCAGGAACGUUUUGAAGACUAUCUCGCGGCUUUGGAUGUUAAUUAUGCAUUAAGGAAAGUGGUCUGCAUUCUGAAACCCAGCAAACAUAUUGAACACGAUGUGAACUCUGGCAAAAUGAAGAUUAAGACGGUCACUACCUUUAAAAACUUCGACAUGGACUUUACUUUGGGACAGGAGUUCACUGAGGACCUGGGGCCAGUCGAUGGGCGAAAGUGCCAGACCACGGUGAACUGGGAUGGUGAUAAAUUGGUCUGCGUGCAGCGAGGAGAGAAAGAGGGCAGAGGCUGGACACACUGGCUAGAAGGAAACCUCCUCCAUUUGGAGAUGAGGGUUCAGGGUGUCACUGCCAAGCAAGUCUUUAAGAAGGCUGAAUAAAGAUGGAAGGAAGAGAGAGAGAGAGAAAGAAAUAGAGGGGCCAUUUGCUGGGGGUUUGAGCUCAGAUUAUUCUAAGAGCUAAGGGUUCAGAAAAAGGCCAUAUCACAACAGUCCCUGAGGCACAAUAAAUAGUGUUUAAAAGGAGGCUGUGAAUGAAGAAUUCGGUACACUCUCUAUAAAAAUGUGUCUGCUUUUACAGCCCCGGUUUCCCUUCACAGCUUUAAUCAAAGUUGAAAUGAGAUCAUGACAGUAGAGCCCUGUUACCAUCUGUGAACAUUCAGGACUGGUACUGUAAUCUAUGGAUUUAUGGCACCCUGAUAUUGUAUUGUGCAGAUAUGUUUACAGUAAGCGAAAGUAAUGAUUAAAUGAGCCAGUAGUUUAGCUGGUCGAAUACAACUUGGAAUUCUUCUUUACCAAAUUACAUUUAAUGUCCAGUUACCUGCUAUUGAAAUGGCUAAUAUUAGAAAUAAUGGAUUUGAUAAAUCUGUGUGAAAGGAUUUUGAUUAACUGCAUAGACAAACUAAAAAUGUCAAAAAAUGCUCUGAAAUGUUUUAUGUGUCCAGUCUAGAAUAUAACCGUUUAUAUAACCAUAAAA